AUGGCAAACCUAUUUUCGACCACGUUUAUUGCAAAACGUUUUUGUUCGGGCGUUCCUAACAAAAUACGAGCACAAAAGUAUGUACUUACAAAAUAUUUUCAAGGAGAACCAAAAAAGAGUGAUUUUAAAAUAGUAGAAGAAGAACUACCUGAACUUAAAGAUGGGGAAAUAUUGACUGAAGCAGAAUACCUUAGUGUCGAUCCGUAUAUGCGAGCAUACAUGAUUGGGUAUAGGUUGCCCACUCAAAUGAUUGGUGGACAGGUGGCAAAGGUUAUUGCAAGUCGUGAUAAGAAUAUUCGUGUAGGUAGUUAUGUGACGGGUAUGCUUGGAUGGCGAACACAUACAAUAGUCAAUGUUAACAAAGUCGAUCCUUCAAAUUUUCUACCUUUAACAGUCUUGCCAGAUAUCAAGCCGCAUCCAGUAUCGUUAGCACUGGGUAUCCUUGGUAUGCCUGGUAAUACAGCGUUCUUCGGUCUAAAAGAAAUUUGCAAGCCAAAAUCUGGAGAAACUAUUGUUAUCACUGGAGCUGCUGGGGCUGUCGGGUCACAUGUUGGGCAAAUUGGAAAAAUUCUAGGUUGUCGCGUUGUAGGCUUUGCUGGGACCGACGAAAAAUGUCGUUACUUGGAGAAAGAAUUAGGAUUUGACCAUGCUUUCAAUUACAAAACAUGCAACAUAAAAGAUGCCCUAAAAAAAGGCGCUCCAAAUUAUGUAGACUGUUAUUUUGACAAUGUGGGAGGUGAAAUAAGUACGACAAUAAUGAAUUAUAUGAACAAGUUUGGAAGAGUCGCUGUAUGUGGUUCUAUUUCAUCAUACAAUGACGUUACGUUACCUAAAGUUUCGAUUGUGCAACCGGCUAUUGUUUUUAAGGAACUCAAAGUUGAAGGAUUUUUAGUACAUCGAUGGACAAAUCGCUGGCAAGAGGGCAUAAAUGAAAAUUUGAAGUGGUUAAACGAAGGGAAGUUAAGUUAUAAAGAAAAAGUAUACUAUGGUUUCAAUAAUAUGGUAGAGGCGUUAGUUGGGAUAUUAAAAGGUGAAAACACCGGGAAAGCUGUCGUUAAAGUAAAA